GGCGGGCGGGGCGGACACCGGGCGGCGGGACGGGAGGAGAGAGGGACCCAACACCGGCACCGCACGGCGGCCGUGGGACGGACGGGAAGGAGCUGCCCCGCCCCCCCCCUCCCGGUGUGACAGCGGGCGGACGGACAGCGAGGCAGGGAGGGACAGACGGACACCGGGUUGGGCGGGGGACGGACAGACAGACGGGGAGCGCCUUGCCGCCUCCCCCCGGUGCAGACAGAGAUCGGUUCUGAAGCCCGGUAGGUCGGCUGGAUAGACGGACAGACCGCGUCUGCUGGGACCGACGGACGGAAAGGCGGACGGCGGCUGUUGGUGACCCCGUCCUGUUUGGGUGGGACAGACGGACAGACCGACAGCUCCGUCGUGCGCCUGUGGAUGGACGGAUGGAUGGACAGACAGACAAACAGACAGACAGACAGACAGCCCCGUCCCCCAGCGCGGGGCGCCCCAACAUAACCGCCCCCCCCCCCCCGGCCCCCAACGGCGUCCUCCGCCACCGCUCCCCGCAGGGUGCGCCCGCUCUGCCGGCCCGGCCGGUCGUUAAUUGCCGCUAAUUGGCACCCGGGGACGGGCGCCGCUGGGACGCACCGGGAGCGCAGAGUGGGACGUGCGUGGUGCGGCCCGGUGUCCCAUCUCGGUGUCCACGCCGGGGUCACCGCUCCGCCGGGGCUCGUUUCCAUCCCUUCCCCUUUUCCCCGUUCCCCCCUCCCUGCACGGAGGGCGCGGGGCGGCGCUGCGGGCGCUGUUUGAGCAAUGGGGACGGCGGCGGUGGCCUCAUUUCCUCCCCUUCCUGAGCGGAGCCUCCCCGCCCCGCCGCCACCGCCGGCGGCUCCCCCCGUCCCCGCGCCCCGCAUCCACCUCCCGACCCGCCGCCGGGGUUGGGGUCGCUGCGGGGCUCCGUGUCCCCAUCCCUGCGCACGCCGUGCAGCCCGGGGCUCUCGGUCCCUGCGCACGUUGAAGGCCGUUCCUUCCUUCUCUCUCUCUCAGUGCGUCUUCGAUGACCUCAGCGGCUCCGUGUCCCUGUCCUGGGUGGGCGACAGCACGGGGGUCAUCCUGGUGCUGACCACCUUCCAGGUGCCCUGGGUGAUUGUGAUCUCUGGGCAGUCCAAGCUGUACCGCAGUGAGGACUAUGGGAAGACCUUCAAGGACAUCACCAACCUCAUCAACAACACCUUCAUCCGCACCGAGUUUGGCAUGGCCAUCAGCCCCGACAACUCGGGGAAGGUCAUCCUGACAGGUGAUGUCUCCGGUGGCAGCCGAGGCGGCCGCAUCUUCCGCUCGUCUGAUUUUGCCAAGAACUUUGUGCAGACCGAGCUGCCCUUCCACCCCCUGGCACAGAUCUCCUACCACCCGCAGGACUCCGACCGCCUGCUGGCACUCAGCACCGACAAUGGCCUCUGGGUCUCCAAGGACUUUGGGGAGCGCUGGGAGCAGAUCCACAAAGCUGUCUGCUUGGCCAAAUGGGGUGCAAACAACACCAUCUUCUUCACCACCUACCUGAACGGCUCCUGCAAAGCUGACCUGGGUUUCCUGGAGCUGAAGAAAACCACCGACUUUGGCAAAACCUUCAAAGUCAUCGGCACCAAGAUUUACUCCUUCGGGCUGGGCGGCCGCUUCCUCUUCGCCUCUGUCAUGACAGAGAAGGGCUUCACGCGGCGCAUCCACGUCUCGCUGGACCAAGGUGAGAGCUGGAGCAUGGCGCAGCUGCCCUCCGUCGGCCACGAGCAGUUCUACUCCAUCCUGGCAGCCAACGACGACCUGGUGUUCAUGCAUGUGGAUGAGCCGGGCGACACGGGCUAUGGCACCAUCUACACGUCAGACGACCGUGGCGUGGUUUUCUCCAAGUCCUUGGAACGUCACCUCUACACCACAACCGGCGGGGAGACCGACUUCACCAACGUCACAUCGCUGCGUGGCAUCUACAUCACCAGCGUGCUGUCCGAAGACAACUCCAUCCAAUCUGUCAUCACGUUUGACCGAGGUGGGGAGUGGGUGCCGCUGCGGAAGCCCAAGAACACGACGUGCGACUCGACGGCACGCAGCAAGGAGGAGUGCAGCCUCCACAUCCACGCGUCCUACAGCAUCUCACAGAAGCUCAACGUGCCCAUGGUGCCACUCUCUGAACCCAACGCCGUCGGCAUCGUCAUCGCCCACGGGAGUGUUGGGGGGGCCAUCUCAGUGAUGAGCCCUGAUGUGUACAUCUCGGAUGAUGGGGGUUACACGUGGGCACGGAUGCUGGAGGGCCCCCACCACUACGCCAUCCUGGAUUCGGGUGGCCUCAUCGUGGCCAUCGCACACAGCAGCCAGCCUGUCAAUGUCCUGGAGUUCUCCACAGAUGAGGGGCAGUGCUGGUACCGCUACACCUUCACCAAAGAGCCCAUCUUCUUCACCGGGUUGGCAUCAGAGCCUGGCGCCCGCUCCAUGAAUGUCAGCAUUUGGGGUUUCCGCAGCAGCUUCCUGUCCCGAAAGUGGGUGUCCUACACCAUUGACUUCAGCCAACUGCUCAGCCGCAGCUGUGAGGACGAGGACUACACCAUCUGGCUGGCGCACUCCAGCGACCCCCGCGACCCCACGGACGGCUGCAUCCUGGGCUACAAGGAGCAAUUCCGGCGGCUGCGCAAAUCCUCCGUCUGCCAGAACGGCCGCGAUUACGCCGUCACCGCGCAGCCCUCCGUCUGCCCCUGCACCCUGCACGACUUCCUCUGUGAUUUCGGGUAUUACCGCCCUGAGAACCAGUCUGUGUGCGUGGAGCAGCCCGAGCUGAAGGGCCACGACUUGGAGUUCUGCCUCUACGGCCGCCGCGAGCUGCUGCGCACCAGCGGGUACCGCAAGAUUCCUGGGGACAAAUGCAGGGGAGGGGAGAGCCCCAGCAGGGAGGAGACGGACAUGAAGAAGAAGUGCACCAGCACUCUGCUGAGCCCCGGGCAGCUGGCGGCGUCCCCCAGCCCCACACCCAUCGUGCUGGCCGUGGUGGCCGUGCUGCUCGUUAGUGCUGUGGCCGGCGUGCUGCUCGUCAAGAAAUACGUCUGCGGUGGGAGGUUCCUGGUCCAUCGUUACUCCGUGCUGCGGCAGCACGCCGAGGCCAGCGGUGCCGAGGGGCCAGAGACAGCAGACCCCCCCUCACCACCCUACAAGGGGGGGUACCACGACGACUCGGAUGAGGACCUGCUGGAGUAGCGGCGGCGCUGGGACGGCACAGUGGGGCAGGCAGGGCUGAGGGGGGGGCUGUGCUGGGGGGGGGCUGUGCUGGGGGG